AUGACAGAUGUCUGGAAAUCAGUAGGAAAUUAUUGGUGUAAAUAUUGUAAAACGUUCGUACGUAAUGAUACAUUUACGAAGAAGAAACAUGAAGCUUCAGACCGUCAUAAGGGCUCUUUAAAGCGUUUUAUACGAGAUUUAGAUAGAAAAAAAGAAAAAGAAGAAAAAGAAAAAAAGGCAAUACAGAGGGAGCUAGAUAGGAUAUCAGGAGUUACAGGACUUUCUACACGUUCUAUUGAUGAAGUUUCUCCGAAAAAAAUAGCUAAAAUUCCGGUUAAAAAAGCAAAAUCUAUAUCACAUAAGCCAACAACAAUAUUACCGGUAGAUAUUAAAGAAACUAUAGGGAUAAUAGGUUCAUGGGAGAUUGUUCAACCUUCAGAAAAAAAGGAAGAUCAAAAUGAGACAAAUGAUACAUUUCCUUUAGAAUCUAUAUCAACUAUAUCAACAUCAACAGUUCGAUUAAAAGAAGAUUAUGAAGAUUUAAGAUCAUUUAAGAUUAAAGAGAAAAGCCUUCCAUUGGAAAUAAAUGAAGAAAUAAAUGAGGAAGAUACAUCUGAUUUAUUUAAAAAGAGAAAAUUUGGGACAAAUCUUUAUGAUACAUAA